AUCUUUCGGCGGUCGGAUUACUGGAUAAGGUUCAUGCACAGCGACUUUUGGUCGGCAUUGCACGCACUCUUUUGGGACUAGACCCAACCCCCCGAAAGCCAUUGAUCUCGCUACCCGCGAAGCAUCAUGCAAACCCGCCAUUUAUUUAACGCAUCGCUCCGAGUUGUCUGUUUCUCGGACUGAUGUUCCCCUUAAUCAAAUGUUUCGUGAUGGACACCUGCCCGUUUGCUUGUACCGUCGUGGUGAAACAGCCCCCGCUAAUCCUGGGUGCGUCUUUAGUUUAUGUUCCUUGAUUUGGAAGUUUAAUCGCCCGUUUUGAGUUUCGCGAAGCGGGUUGUGUCUGGUUCACCCGACCUUAAUCUGGGCCCGUUUCAAAGCACGAGAAAUUGAUUUAUUUCUCCUGCUAAUCUGUUCCUUCGUUCCCUGUUUCUGGCCAUGCUUGUUUAUGCAUAUAUAAAGGGUUGAGUCUUUUCUUGCUUUGAGAGAUGGUGCGUGACAUGAGUAAUUGCUGAGAAGCCCGCUUGGUUCAUACGUCUGUGAGGACCAUCUCUUGUGUUCUGGUCUCUUUCUCGAGCUUUUCAUGUGUGAAUGAAAACUUGUCUCCUUUCUCUCAAUCAGGUUAGGAUCAACAUUCACAUGUGAAGCAUAAGGUGUCAUUUCAGUCCUCUGCUUUUCCUUUUACUUUUGAUUUUGUUCAGCAGGACUGGCUGAAGUAGUCUGAAUUGCAUUUGGCCAAAGCUAUAUGGUUCUCAGAAGAAAGACAAACAGAAAGGCAUAACUUUCAGGAUUGUUAUGGAUGGUGUGCAUCAGUUCAGUUGGAAGUUCAACUCUUCAUUCAAGCUGGAAAAUGUGGAAGAGGAUGAGGAGCUGAAAGGAGCGUCUUCGUUGCCAUCGGUCCCUCAACCACAGACGCCGAAGGAGCCGAUGGAGUUCUUGUCAAGGUCGUGGAGCCUUUCCCCAUCGGAGGUUUCAAAAGCUCUGGCUCACAAAAAGAACGACAUACACACAAUACAUAACAAGAACCUCAAUACAUGUCCACAGCCGCAGGCACCUGUUGCUCCUCAACUUCUUGCAUCGAAGGUUAUGAAUUCAGUUCAUGCUAGGAGGACGGGGUCUUUUGGGAAAUGGAUCCACCACCACCUCCACCACCACCUCCAUCACCACCACCACCACCACCAGGGUCAUAAGGAGCACGACAGGAACGCGAUGAAGAAGAAAGAGAGUAUGCGCAUGGAAAAUGCGCACUUUCAUUCAGCUAUUUCUAUUGCCGGGCUAGCUGCCGGUUUGGCUGCCGUGGCUGCAGCACAAAGCUCCAAUUCGGAUUCAAAGAUGAGUGUGGCUUUGGCCUCAGCCACAGAACUACUAGCAUCACAUUGCGUCGAACUAGCUGAACUAGCCGGAGCUGAGCAUGAUCGAGUGGCAUCUGUAGUCCAAUCAGCUGUGGACAUACGUAACGCGGGAGAUCUCGUGACUCUCACAGCAGCUGCCGCUACAGCUUUGAGAGGAGAAGCGGCGCUGAAAGUAAGAAGGCAAAACGAAGUAAAGAGGAACGCAGCGAUAAGUCCCUAUGAUAAAGGAAUGGCAGAAACACAUACCAUCAUGACUCUUCGCAGCCACAUUGAAGAAAGCAGUACUCCAUGCGAAGGCGAACUUUGGCAGCAUACAACAAAAGGAUUAUUUCAAAUGAAGCAUGCGUCUGUGUACAUUAACAAAAAGUCCCAGGUCAUUCUUAAGCUAAAGAGCAAGCACAUUGGAGGAGCAUUCUCGACGAACAGUAAAUGCAUAGUUUAUGGCAUAUGCGAUGAGAAUUCCGCCUGGCCAUACAGAACAGAAAGAGACAACCCCGAAGAAGUCUUCUUUGGUCUCAGAACGGCACAGGGUUUUCUAGAGUUCAAGUGCAAGAAUCAGGCCCAUAAGCAGAGAUGGGCUGAUGCAAUACACAACCUUCUUCGUCACGGUAACUGGGUUGAAGCUGCUGAGUGCUCUCCAGAGCUUCUAAACAUCAGUAACAGCAUCAGUCUACGAGUUUUUGAUGGUGUCAGCUCCGGAAACAGGACAUGAAGAAACUCCAUUAAUGAAAUCAGGAGUCUGAUUCCGAUGCCUGUUUAUCUUUUGACAGUAAAUAUCUUUUUCCCCUCUUCCGAUGUCCUAAUACAUGCAGAAAAAGUAAGAUAACUGUCCGCACAAGCUUGGAGCAUUGUACUUGGAUACUUUUCAGGAGCAUGGUAUGAAGAAACACUUUUUGGUA